AUGAUCAACUCCGUUGCUCUUCUGGCCCUUGUUGCCAGCCCGGCCUUUGCCGGUGUCAUGCAGGCUCGUGGCGAGGACUUCAUCCGUCCCGCUGCUGAGACCUCUGCCGUCGUUGCUUCCCACCACGCUGAGGGCUGGGGUGAGACCUGGUCCAAGUCCGCUCACGAGACCUGGACCCGUCCCACCGACAAGCAUGAGUCGACGACCACCCCGUGCACCACCUCGACCACCUCGACUCGCACUCACACCACCCCGACUCACACCUCGACCACCCCGGUGCACACCCACACCACGUCUCACACCCCUGUGAACCCGGGCACCACCAAGACCCUCACCAUUGUGACCACCACCUGCCCUGUCACCACCUCUACCCACACCUCGGGCUCCAAGACUUUCACCGUCCCUGUCACUGGAACAAGCACCAUCACCAUCACCAGGACCACCGUCUGCACCCUGUGUGAGGAGAAGCCUUUGACCUUCCACAACGCUACUCAGCCAGCCACUGCUGGCCCCACCGCCCCUGUCCAGACCACCAGCGCCGUUGUGAUUCCUUCCGUGAAGCCCGCUCCUUCUCAGCCUGCUUCCUCCAUUCCCGUUGUGCCUGCCCAGAGCCAGCCCGCUCCUUCCCAGCCCGCUGCCACUCGGCCCGCUGUCCCUGCUGCCUCCCAGCCCGCUGCCUCCAGGCCCGCUGUCCCUGCUGCCUCCCAGCCCGCUGCCUCCAGGCCCGCUGUCCCUGCUGCCUCCCAGCCCGCUGCCUCCGUGCCUGCUGUCUCCCAGCCCGCUGUCUCCAGGCCCGCUGAGACCCAGCCCGCUGCCGUCCAGCCCACCCCCGAGCAGCCCUCCGCCCCUCAGCAGCCCGAGCAGCCCGCUGCCUCGCCCAGCACCUUCGUUGGUGCUGCCUCCAACGUCCAGCCCGCUGCCGGUCUCCUUGCCGGUAUCGUCGGCCUCAUGGCUCUCCUGUAA